AUGCAGUCUGCCGAUCGUGACAAUUUCUUCCAUUCAGACAUAGCGCAAGCACAGCAGGCGCGGAAGGAGGCAAAGUCCUCGAACAAGAAUGGCGAUCCGGUGACUUUUAAGAGCAAGAUUCUCGCGGCUGUCCUAGACCCGGCGGCUCCCUCAGAUAGGCUGUUCAUCGCAGAGUCAGCGGGCUACGUGCGGCGCGUAGCGCUCGGGUCUUCCGAGCCCAAAACUACAUAUCGUGGCCCCAAAGCCCCCGUCACCUGUCUUGCUCUCAACUCCAAAACCGUCUUUGCCGGCUCGUGGGACAAGGAUAUCUGGACGUGGGACAUUGGGACUGCUGCGCCAGGGCGCAAGCUGAGCGGCCACAGCGAUUUUGUCAAGGCAUUGGUCUGCGUCAAGCUGGCCGGCAAAGACGUCCUCAUCAGCGGCGGAGCUGACAAGAAGAUCUUGGUGUGGGAUAUCGAGUCGGGCAAGCGGAUCCACACCCUUCAAGAUGCGACGACGACCAUGCUAGCCGUGCAACACAUAGCUGUUGACCCCAUCCUCAGCACCGAUGAAGAGAUCGUCUUCGCCAGUGCCAGCAGUGACCCUCACAUUCGACGUUGGAAAAUCACACUCUCGUCCGCGGAACAGCUGCCAGAGACCUUUGUUGACCGUCCCGAUGCCGAGCGACUUACCAUCGAGGAGCACGAGACGAGCGUGUACCGACUUGUUUACGAUGCGACCGACGAGGAAGCCAACCUCUGGACCGCGAGUGCCGACGGCACGGCCAAAUGUCUGGCUCGGUCGCGGGGCUUUGUCGCCGACGACUCCUUUGACCACGGAGACUACGUUCGUGCCGUGGUCGUGACUGAAGAAUGGGCCAUCACGGCCGGGCGGAACGAGGACGUCAAGAUAUGGGAUAGGUCGUCGGGUAAAUUAUACUGCACCCUCGAGGGUCACUUCGAGGAGGUGACAGACCUGGUCCUGCUCAGGGACGACACGUCGCCCAAAAUCGCCAGCGUGAGCAUCGACGGCACCAUUCGGACGUGGCCGCUUGCGAGAAAGGAUCUGGACGAGACGGUGGAAAAGAUGAGGACUGCCGCAGCUGCCAAGCCACAGGAGGAGGACAAGGCGGGUGAUGGCAUGCUCACGGCUGAAGAGGAGGCCGAGCUAGCCGAGCUCAUGGAUGAUUAG